AUGGUUGAGACCCAAUGGUCCACUGUAUCCAGCAUAUACUGCAAGGACAUGCCCCCGAAUGUAUAUCGUCCUCACAGUGUCACAAUAACUGAAUUUGGUGCCGUCGGGGAUGGUGCGACCCUCAAUACAAAGGCAUUCCAGAAUGCAAUCUUCUAUCUCAAUUCAUUUGCGGACAAGGGUGGCGCACAGCUUUUCGUGCCUGCAGGAAGGUGGCUGACAGGGAGUUUUAAUCUUAUCAGCCAUCUCACUUUAUCACUGGACAAGGAUGCGGUGAUAAUUGGAUCUCCGGAUUCAUCUCAUUGGCCAGUUAUUGAUCCUCUUCCAUCCUAUGGGCGAGGUAGAGAGCUUCCUGGAAAAAGGCAUCAGAGUCUGAUUUUUGGAUUAAAUCUGACGGAUGUUAUUAUAACUGGUGCUAAUGGUUCCAUUGAUGGUCAAGGAGCUAUUUGGUGGGGCCGGUUCCACAACCACACAUUGAAUUAUACUAGACCACAUCUUGUUGAGUUGAUGUAUUCUACCAAUGUUGUCAUAUCUAAUCUAACCUUCAAGAACUCGCCGUUUUGGAAUAUCCACCCUGUAUACUGCAGCCAAGUGCUCGUCCAGCAUGUCACAAUCCUUGCGCCUUUGAAUUCACCAAACACAGAUGGCAUUAAUCCAGACUCUUCCACGAAUGUGUGCAUCAAUCAUUGCUAUGUAAGAAAUGGUGACGAUGUUAUUGUCAUUAAAAGUGGCUGGGAUGAGUAUGGCAUUUCAUUUGCUCAACCAAGCUCCAAUAUCAGCAUAAGCAACAUCACAGGGGAGACAAGGGGUGGUGCAGGGAUUGCCUUUGGAAGUGAGAUGUCAGGUGGCAUAUCAGAAGUCCGGGCUGUGGGCCUCCGCAUUGUCAACUCCCUUCAUGGGAUCAGAAUCAAGACAGCCCCAGGGCGUGGAGGGUACGUGAAGAAUGUGUACAUAGCAGAUGUGAGCAUGGACAAUGUUUCGAUGGCCAUCAGGAUCACUGGAAACUAUGGUGAACAUCCUGAUGACAAAUAUGACAGGACUGCUCUCCCUGUGAUAAGCAAUAUUACAAUCAAGGAUGUCGUUGGCGUUAACAUUGGCGUUGCUGGUAUAUUGGAAGGCAUUCAGGGGGACAAUUUCAGCAACAUUUGUCUGUCCAAUGUUUCCCUCAGUGUGCAAUCUGCACAUCCAUGGAAUUGUUCACUUAUUGAAGGAUAUUCAAACUCAGUGAUCCCAGAAUCAUGCGAACAGCUCAAAAGCAAUUGUAGACAGACACCCAUUUGCUACGAUGGAAGCGGUUCUUCUGCAAUGCGUGUGCAGCAACCAAGACAUACAUCGAGCACCAGCCGGUUGCUAAAUCCUUUACUGGAGUUGUCUUCAUUUUAG